AUGAGUAACCAGUAUUAUCCACCACCACCUCAGCAACAAUAUUAUCCGCCGCCUCCUCAACAACAAUAUUAUCCACCACCAGUUUCUAACACAUAUGCACCUGUGCCAGGAAAUACUUAUGCACCACCCAGCUAUGAACAAGCUCCAACCACUAACCAAGUAGCAGAAAAAUGGGAACCAAAGCCUAAAUAUCAAGAUUUAUGGGCACUUGUAUUAUAUUUAGUACAGUUUGCUGGUUACGUUGCUUUAAGCUAUGUCGGCAUAAAGGAUCUUAUUGAUAGUGGCACAUUAAAUAAUAAGCAUAAUAGUACAAGUAUUAGUCAACGAAGCAUAAAUACUGGUGAUAGCGGCAUUACUUUGGAUGCUAAAGCAAUCGUAUUAUUGGUACUUGCCUUGGUGCUUGGCUUCUUCUUAGCCUUAAUAUACAUGCUGCUGAUGCAACGUUUCCCAAAACCUCUUAUAAAAAUCACUUUAUGGUUAUCAAUUGCCACUUAUUUUAUUGCCGCAGUUAUCUAUGGCCUUAGUAGACAAUACGUCUUAGCGUUGAUAUUUGCUGUGUUUGGUGUAAUAUAUCUCUUUGCUGCAUGGACUUGGAGAGAUAGAAUUCCAUUUGCAGCUAUUUUGCUAGAAACAGUGACAAGCAUCACGAAAAAGUAUUAUGGUACAAUAAUUAUGGGUUUUGCAGGCUUGAUUCUUCAAGUGGGAUGGUCAAUAUGGUGGGCUUUUACUAUUAUCGGGGUAUAUCACAAGAUUUAUACGCGGGAUUGUCAAAAAGAUCCUCAAACAGGAAAUAUCCGAUGCAAGAGCCCAGCAAUAAUUGUAGCUAUGGUGUUCUUGUUGUUUAGUUUCUAUUGGACAAGUCAAAUCAUUAAAACCAUUGUUCAUGUGACUGACGCCGGUGCUUAUGCAGCAUAUUAUUUCCUCGAAGGCACACCACAAGGAACUGGUUCUGCUCCCACAUUAAGCUCUCUUAAACGUGCUUGUACUACUUCAUUAGGUAGUAUAUGUUUCGGGAGUUUGAUUAUUGCAGCUCUGAACACAAUGAAGGCUAUUUUCCGCACCAUCGCUAAUUCUGAUGAUGGAGCUUGUGGAUUCUUAGCCUGUUGUGUCGAGUAUUUAUUAGCAUGUAUAGAAGGACUCGUUGAAUAUUUCAAUCAUUACGCUUAUGUACAAGUUGCCAUUUAUGGUAAAUCGUAUUGUACAGCUGCCAAAGAUACUUGGAGACUAAUAAAAGAUCGUGGUAUCGAAGCAGUUAUUAAUGACAAUCUAAUUGGAAAUGUUUUAACUAUGGGUGCCAUUUUCAUUGGUGUCCUUUGCGGUCUAUUCGGUUACGCUUAUUUGGUUAUUGUUAAACCAGAUUUCAAUAUUAAUGGACAAAACACACUUUUCCUCGUCUUAAUAUGUUUCCUGCUUGGAUUGAUGAUGACUAUUGUUGUGACUGAUGCUAUUGAUUCUGGUGUUACAACUACUUUUGUUGCUUUGGCUGAGGAUCCUGACGCACUUCGUCGUACAAAACCUGAACUUUUCGAAAGAAUUCGCCAACGAUGGCCUCGUGUGGUUCAGGGCGUUUAA